AUGUCUGAUACAAAUUUCAAAGCUCGGUUAGAGAAAUUCAAUUAUUAUGUCAAAAACUUACCUCCACAUGAUUACUUUCUAAAAAACAUUUGGGACCGGACAAGUUUAAUAUCUUUCGAACAUGAUAAAUGUAUUUUUAAGUACGUGGUUGACCCAAAAGACUGUAAUUCGUCUGGAGCGAUACAUGGUGGAUUUAUCGCUAGUUUAAUUGAUAUCGUUUCCACCGCUGCUAUACUUGUCUUUCAAGAUAAAUAUUUUAAGAGCGGAGGAGUUUCAACAGAUUUGGCAAUAUCUUAUGUGAGUGCUGCUAGAGCAGGAGAGACUUUAUUAAUUGAAAGUUCCGUAUUUAAAAUUGGUAAGUCACUCACGAAUACUCAUACCAUACUUAAACAGAAGAACUCUGGUAAAGUAAUUGCCAUGGGGCAACACACCAAAUUUAAUGGUAAAUAA